AUGUCGGAGCCGGAUCCACCUUUGCCGACAAUAUUCAAGGGUGCAACCAACUUACGACAAUAUCAACAGCCCACAGAAACGCGGCCUACAAAUAAAGCAUUUCCUCCAGCGCCAGCCGGUAUGGCCCCCCCAGCCAAACGACGAAAGCGGAAUGUCGUCUCCUCAUCCUCGACCAGCGACAAUGACGACGAGGCUCCAGAACCCAAGCCAAAAUCGCGAUUGAUAAACCUCAUCGACUCCUCUCCUCCAUCUUCGACUGUUCCAAAACCUACGACCUUGAAAAAGGCCGCAAGUCAAUCGAAAGUAGCUGCUUCCAAACCUCAGCCUCGUGCUAAGACAGCAAACCACCCCCACAAUGCCGCACCUAUACGUCUUCCAAAGCAAGUCCCUGGGAGUAAUGGAAGUAGCAAAAGUGCCAGCAGCAGUCCAGAGAAACAAAAGGGGAAAGGGAAGGUAAAUGAAAAGGUCAAGAGCGGGGAUAUAUAUUCGUUCUUUACGAAGCAGGCAGAGAGACAGAAGGCUGAGGGGAGUUUAAGUGCCACGGCACGCAGGCCGAGAGUCAUCUCUAAUGAGUCGAAGAGCGAAGACCUGGACCUCAUAUCUGACGGGGACGAUGAUGUGGUGGAGAGCAAAAGCCAGUCAAGCCUGGUGGGACUGGCGGCACGGAAGAGAGCGCGAGGGGCAGAGGCUUUCAAAGCAGGAGAUGGGAAUGCGCCUAGUAUGAGCCAGAAGUUCUUGAAGAAACCUGUUCCACCGGCGGAAAUCAAGAACGAGGAUGAUUUACGGCCAUGGGCGGAGCGGUUUGCACCUGUUAACUUGGAUGAACUUGCAGUACAUAAGAAGAAGGUUUCGGACGUUCGAGGAUGGCUUGAGGAUGUCAUUAAUGGGAGGAUGAGACAACGGCUACUAUUACUGAAGGGACAAGCUGGGACAGGGAAGACAACUACGGUCCAGCUUUUGGCAAAGGCAAUGGACUGUGAUGUGUUAGAGUGGCGGAAUCCCGUUGGAUCUGUCGCUACCUCUGAUGGCUACCUGUCCAUGGCAGCACAGUUCGAAGAGUUUAUGGGCCGAGGGGGAAAAUUUGGUCAAUUGGACAUAUUUUCUGGUAAUGAAAAAGUACUUUCGAAACCAGAAAUCAAGCCUCUUGAUCGUCGGAAACGGAUUAUUCUCGUAGAAGAAUUCCCAAAUACGUUCACUCGCUCUUCGACUGCUUUGCAGUCCUUUAGGGGUGCUAUCCUUCAAUAUCUCGCUGCUAAUACACUUCAUCUAUCAAUGUUUCACAAUAACACGGCUUCUGAUGAGCCAGUAACGCCUGUGGUUAUGAUUAUUUCCGAGACGCUGCUUACCACGACGUCUGCUUCUGCGGAUAGUUUUACAGCACAUCGAUUACUUGGCCCAGAGAUUCUUCAGCAUGCAGGAGUUGGGGUUAUCGAGUUCAAUGCUAUUGCACCUACGUUACUGGCGAAAGCUCUCGAUAUUGUGGUACAGAAAGAGUCUCGGAAAUCUGGGAGGAGAAAGACGCCUGGACCUCUGGUGCUCAAGAGACUCGGCGAGAUUGGAGAUAUUAGAAGUGCUAUCGGAUCCUUAGAGUUCCUAUGCUUGAGAGGCGAUACCGAUGGAGACUGGGGAUCCAAAGUUGCUUUCGGCAAAUCGAAGAAAGCCAAGGAUGUAGCAUUGACCAAGAUGGAAGAAGAGAGUCUCGAAAUGGUCACCCGCCGAGAAGCCAGUCUCGGCAUUUUCCACGCAGUCGGCAAGGUCGUCUACAACAAACGGGACGAUACACCCCUUAAGCUCCCCACCGGCUCAGACGUCGAAACCCUACCAGAUUUCCUAUCCCUUCAUUCCCGGCCGAAAAGAUCACAAGUCUCAGUUGACGACCUCAUCGACGAAACUGGCACCGACACGCAAACUUUCAUCGCCGCCCUCCACGAAAACUACAUCCUCUCUUGCGAAGCACCACCCACAUCCUUCGACGUCUCUUCAUUAGACCACGUGAACGCCUCCAUCGACGCCCUCUCCGACAGUGACCUGCUCUGUCCCACCUGGGACACCUCAUCUGGCUCCAGCGGCGACAUCUUGCGCCAAGAUGAAAUUAACUUCAAUAUCGCCGUCCGCGGUCUCCUCUUCGCGCUUCCUUCCCCCGUAAAGCGGAAAGCACCUGCGCAAGCGUCGGGCUUUAGAACUGGAAGUGGCGGUGAUGCGUACAGGAUGUUCUAUCCAACUAGUCUCAAGCUGUGGCGGAUGAAGGAGGAGAUUGAGGGGCUGGUUGAUGUAUGGGUAAGUCGGCUUAUGAAAGGUGAGGGAGGGAGCGUGGUGACGGCAAAGACAUUUGCAAAGGGCACUGUGGAGAGUUGGCGGAGUGCUAGGUCCACGCAGCCCGAGGCUGGAAAACCAAAAGACGAUACCACCACUGCGCCGUUAUUAUCACUCGGCACUUCCGCCAGGAAGGAGAUGCUGCUUGAUCGCCUACCGUAUAUGGCGCUUAUUGCCAAGGGUCGCAAGGGCUCGUCCUCGGCUUUCGCGGUUAGGGAUCUUGAGAAGGUGACUACUUUUAGUGGCAUCGGUGGGCCUUCAGAAGACACCCCUGACGAUGGGGAAGAGGGCGAUACAGCUGCUGUUGCGGGCCAGGAAUGGGCGACUGAUAAACCGGUGGAGGGCAAGUCGCCUCGGAAAAGGGCGCUUGUGAUUAGAGGGCGGGGCCAGGGGAGUGGGAGUAGGGUUCCGAUUUUGAAGGCACAGGAGCAGAAGCUGGUGUUGAGUGAUGAUGAUAUUGAGGAUGAUUAA